UACAUACCUAGCUAAAAGCCUUCAAUCAAACUCCUUUUGAGACUCAGUCAUGGAUACAUUGAGGCCUCCGUCACUUGCCCGCGACUUGCCGGAAGGUUGUCGCAGGCUCUCACAUUUCCUUCCGCCCCCUACGACCUGCCCACGAAACCUAUGGCAGUGCGCUGGAAAUCGGAGCCUGAUACAGUGCGCAGUCAAGCCGGCCACGAACCGCAAAGCCGCUUGGCUCCGUGGUGUUCGGCGCACUGGCAAGGCGUGGCAGCCGACCGAUCUCCCGAUUGCCCGCCGUGCCAUAGCGGGAAUUGCGACAGGCAAUAAAAUAGAGGGCAUUCGAACCAGUCGGGCUCAUGCGCGAUAGUCCCCAGAUCGUCUCUUGGCUGCCCCCUAAAUGGUCGGGGCGAGGAAAACCAACAAGCGGGGCGGCAGUAAAGACAUUGAUGACCAAAGGCCACGGAAGCGGCAGGGCGGCGAUCAGGGAAGAGCCAAUCAUGAACCGCCAUUUGCUUGCCAUUUUGCGAAGCAAGACCCAACCGGGCAUGAUUCUUGCCUGAAAUUCGGGUUCACGCGAACUCCUGACAUCUGGCAGCACUUCCGGCGCAAGCACCCUUCUGUCCCGACGCGCUGCGUCAAAUGCGGCCUGUUGUUCAGCGGGGACGAAAAGGUGCGGGAGUGGCAGGAACACGCUCGGCAGAGGGCGUGUCUCAAGCAAGAAAUCCCCUUCGUCGGCGGCAUUACCCCGGGCCAGUGGGACGAUAUUCAAGACGACCAGGAAGCCCCCGGGCCAGGGACUCCCAUGGAGCGCCGCUGGUACAGAAUCUGGGAGAUCCUCUUUCCUGAGCUGCCCCGGCCGCCUUCGCCGUAUGCUGGGUCCGGGUUCCGCGAACGCAUGGGGCACGUUUUCCAGUCUUUUAUCCAGGCGGGAGAAGUGCAAAAACUGGUAGAGGCCUCGGGCUUUGCCCCCCAGCAGCAUCGGCAGCUCAUGGACUUCUCCGCAUCGUUGUUGGGAAGUGUGCUCGCCUUCGCCCUACAGCGGGAUGUAGAGAAGGCGGGCACCGUCGGAGCAGGCGUUGAGUCGGCCAGAAAACCUUCUGCGCCGAUUAGACCACCCCCGUUGAUUACAGAUGGCAUAGGUCCACUUAUUGCCAAUCCUGGGCUGGGGUUACCGCAGCAACAGGAGAUGCUCCCGUUUGCCCCUUUUGAUAAGAUAUCCCCCCCGUUCUCUCAGAUCCAUCCGCUUUUCGAUCAGCAACAGCACAUUGCGAACCAUUCAUCAGGUUUCAACUUGUUUCCCGCUUUAGUCGAUGGCGUCGUGGAUGAAGGUCACAACUAUUUGAUUGACGGGUCUCAAAGAGGCUGGGCGUGAAAACCGACACUGGCCUUUUGCGUAGGUGGAUUAUGUACUAUUCAGGAGAGACUUAUAUAUCAGGGCUUAUAUAUCAGGCUUGUUAGCUACAUGUACUACUCUAGUUCACUA